UCAUUCUUCAUAGGGAUAUUUCGCGUAUUUCAACACUCCACACUCGAGAAUAGAGUUCAUGUGUGUUGUAUCGGUUUUUUUGUCAAGGUACAGUUGUCAUUUUCAUCUGGGUGUAUUUAAUGUGUUGAGCUGAAACUAAAGUAGAGCCAAAACAUGGCAUGUUCAGAGGACAGCGUCGAUUUCAACAAAAUACCCCUAGUUGCCUUAAAUCACAGUGUAAGAAAAAAACUGGGACUUUACUUGAAUCCUACCAGCACCGUCGCGGCAGACUGGACAACAAUCGCGGAAAGUAUGGACUUUUCAUACCUGGAAAUCAAAAAUUAUGAAGCUUGUCAAAAUCCCACAUUGAAGAUUCUGGAUGAUUGGCAGUGUCGCUGCUCUGACACAAGUGUUGGAAAAUUACUUUCAUUGAUCGAGACUGCUGAAAGAAGUGACAUCAUCAGUGAUCUUAAACCAUCAAUAGUGGAGGACUGCAUCAAGUAUCUCAAGAAGCAAGCGGAGCCCCCAGUACAAGUACCAGAGAUCCACAGCUCCGUCAAAACUCCGGAGCCUUAUGGCAUCACCAUGCGAGAUGAUCCAAGAGGGGAAUGUCCUGAGAUGUUCGACGCCUUCAUUUGCUACUGCGAAAGCGACUUCACCUUUGUCUCCGAGAUGAUCAAGGAGCUGGAGCAGACCGAGUACAAGCUGAAGUUGUGUGUGUUCGACCGGGACGUGCUGCCUGGCUCCUGUGUGUGGACCAUCACCAGCGAGCUCAUUGAGAAGAGGUGUAGGAGGAUGGUGGUUGUGAUUUCCGAUGACUACCUCGACAGUGAGGCCUGUGAUUUCCAGACCAAGUUUGCUCUCAGUAUUUCCCCAGGUGCCCGCAGUAAGAGGCUCAUCCCUGUGCUGUACAAGUCCAUGAAGAAGCCGUUUCCCAGCAUCCUUCGCUUCCUGACCGUGUGUGACUACAGCAGGCAGUGCACCCAGGCCUGGUUCUGGAGCCGCCUGGCAAGGGCCCUCUCCCUGCCCUGAGGGAGGCUGGGAUGGAUGGAGGGAUGGAUGGGUAAAUGGAUGAAUAGAAAUAUGGGUGGAUGAACAGAUGGAUGGAUGGAUGAAUAGAUAGAUGGAUGAAUUCAUGGAUGGAUGGAUGACUGAGUGCAUGGAUAGAUAGGUGUGUGAAUGAAUGAAUGUAUGGAUGUAAGCUUGGAUGAAUAAUUGGAAAAAUGAAUGGAUGAACAAAGGGAUGGACGAAUGACUACAUGCAUGUAUGGAUGGAUGGAUGGAUGGCCUGUGAUUGUUGCCAUCGAAUUGUGACUUGUGACAUUCUCCAAGUAGACUCUAACCUAGUGGUAGGAGUGGGGAUGUAAUGGAUACGUCACCAUGGCUACAUUGUGAAAAGUCUUGAUUGUCCUUGUACAAAGUGAAUGUUUCUCAAGAAGAUGCCUACCUGCUUUAAACAUUUGAGUGCCAGUUUAUUGGUAACUUCACUGGGAUGACUUUUGGUAGGCACGUUUUUGUAAUGCAUUAAGGAGUAUACAGUAGUAGAAUGUAAAGUUUUCAUUUCAAUUGUCAGGCCUUUUAUUAGAAUAGCAUCUGACCAGUAAUGGGAACAGACAUUUUAUGGUAGCCUACUUCUACCAUGACCUGAAAGUAACAUGGGUGCUGUUCUCGUGGCAUUUUUUGACUGUUACACUCAUGGGGAGAAUAACAUACCGUAGGUACAGAGUUAAUUUGCACCACUGCAUAUCAAUUUACCUGACAAGACAGGAUGAAGAUCAGGAUUUUAGUUGAACAUUUGUGUACAUAUUUUAUUCUCCUGUAUUCAGUACAGGUUAUAGUCUUCAAUAAGUGACAAACCACAAGAUCAUUUUGAAUAACUUCACGUCAGAGCAUGUUUUGUACUUUUAAGAGAUAUUUUGAAUGUUUUGUUUUUUGGGAUCUUUUUUUCUUCAUUUCAUAAUCCUAGAUCAAUUCAUGUUAAGUGUUUGAUUUACAGUAUUUGUACUAUUUUCCAACUCCAAAAAGAUUAAAUGGUGGAAAAAGGAU